UGCCCAACCACGACGACACCGAAAGACGGCUCAGUCGUCGAGAGCAGAGCAAAGAGAUUACGCAUAUUCACAUUUUGCAGUUCAUGUCCGACAAUGUACGGCACAGGAUCACAUCUCGUAUGGAAGCUUCAGCAUUGUUCAAACAACGACUGAUAACGACGAUGUGAGAGCCAACAACAAUUGAUACCGUGGCUGGAUUAGCAUUAGAAGCAGUAUUGUACUCAGUGUCCGACCAGCUGUUUUGUGUGAACCGUCCGGAUAGUGAAACGAUGUGUAUGAUACUCGUGAUAAGAGAUUUAGCAAUAAUUUAAACUAGUGGCUUCUAUGUGCUGGCCUUUUGCUCUUAUCAGUGGUCCGGUGCUAUCAAAGACAACUCAAAGUGGGCGAUCAUCAGUGCCUCUAUUGAUGCUAAAAUAGAAACGCAAAUUUCCACUCAAACUUCGCAGCUCAAGGAUAUCUUAUCUAUGUGAUCAAUUGUGCGGGCGGAGUUAGUGCUGUUGUGAAUCUUAGCGGGAACAAAUCCAGUGGAAAACAUGAGUCUCGAUACCAUGAACGAACUUAAGCAGAAGUACAAAAAUUGGAAAUCCUACAUAAAGUUCGUAAAGCUAGUCUCGGACGGCAUGGAGGACGAAACGAUAUUCGGAGAAAAGCAAUCGAUACGGGACUCGGCCCGGGCCCUGAAGAAAUAUGGCAGCAUUUCCGGUGGUGGAAGUGGGAGUGGCGGAGGCGGAGGCAGCUGUCGAUCGCCGGCCCUCACCUCGGAGGCACUGAUACGGCACGAUGUGGACAAAACCGACACGCUGCAGGGGAUCGCGCUCAAGUAUGGAUGUAGUAUGGAACAAAUCCGUCGUAUCAACCGACUCCUACCGACGGACACCAUCUUUCUUCGACCAUUCCUGAUGAUACCGGUCGACAAGGACUCCCCGUACUAUCCAAAAGAUCCAUCAGCCAUCAUCCGGCCCAGUUCGCUGUCGGUUCGGUCGACCACGAUCGCCGGAUGUCCGGCCGGUUCGUCGGCCUGUUCCACCCCGAUAGAUCCGGGCAUAAGCGAGGAAAGCGCCAUUUCCCCCGAGGAGGAAAGCCGCAAAAACAUGGAAGAGUUCCUAGGGAAGAUAGAUUCGUCGAUCGCAACGACACGAAAGUACAUUGCCGAGUCGCAACGGAAUAGCGAGUUCAUUUCCAGCCAGAGCGACGAUAAUAUUUUUAGUUCCGGUGCUAGUAUGAACAGUAGUGGCUACUACUCGAAACCGAGGGCGUACUCGACGGCAUCCUCCUCUUCGUCCAUCUCUUCAUAUCAACAGUAUCAUUUCCACACGCCCUCGGGGACUGGCGGAGGGGCCAGUUCAUCCCAUCACAAACGACAAAGCUCCUCGGGGAGUGCAGCUUCAGACACGAGUCAACUGAUCGUAAUGACCCAAGGCAAACGGGUGCAGAGUUCCCUCCAAAAGCUGGAAAAGCAACAGGACGAGCUGUUCGAAUUGUAGCAGCGACAACAUCACUGGACCACAUCCCGGUCAUCGUCUACUGAGGAGGAAGAGUCAUCGUCAUCGCCAACGAUAGAAAUGAAAGUGCUCGUCGAUUAUCAUCAUCCGGAGGAGUGUCUUUUCGAUGGUGCUGGGCCGCUUAGCAACCGAGCCCACAGUUAUAGUUAUUACUGCUAUAGAAAUCACCCCUCUUACCGUCAGCUGGCGGCCACGCUUGGAUCGGGAUUCAAAUCGCGGAUUAGCCGUUUUCUCACCUUGCUGAGGCGGCGACAACUGCAGUACCAUCGUAGCUAUCGCCGCAACAAUGAUGAAGGUGAACCAUCCGAGAGACAAAGUCCCACACGACGGACAUUCGAGGACCGGAGCUUUAACAGUUACUGUAAGCGGCCAAAGGCCAAAAGGGAAGGAACAAAUGCCGAUGUAGUAUCACAUCGUUGGUAAGUAGAGUCACUCCCCAAUACUUCAUCACGACAGGUCAAGUCAAACAAUUCGGAACGUAUUCCAUUACUAUAUUAUGUUAGAAACAAAAAAGGUUAAUAGAAACUAAUAAGGCACAUUACACUUACCGAAACCGUAUCAAAAAAAAAAAAACAAAAAUAAAUGGAAAAUAAUCGAUGAGAUUCACCUAUAGAGCAAUAACCCCCCUCCCUGCCGGAAGGAUAGUAUAUUAUAUCUGUUUUUUUUUUCUUUAAUUUAGUUUGUAAUAUUUAUACGAAUAGUACCAUUCACGCCAAGCGUUUUUUUUUUAAUUUUUGUUACUAAUUAAUCUCAAGCUGUGCUGCACAUUGCGGCAACUUUGGAAAGUUGUUACAAACGUGGUUUUAGUUUGCAGUGUUUAUCCAACGUCAACUCGAAUUAUUUGGGCAAGCAAGAUGAUUGCUAAAUAAAUUUCUUAUAAUUUAUAGUUUUUAUACUCUUGAACAUACUCGUCUGAACAAAGAAUCUUUAGUAUUACAUUUAUGGAUGCUAUUGCAUUAUCGUCCCACUGCUGCACAGAAAGAGCCUGUCUGGGCAGAAUGUAAACUCGCGGGAUAUGAGAAUUUACCCACAA